AAAGUUAGAUAAAAAUGAAAUCUCAAAAGCUAAUCAUGAUUUAGAGAUUUUUUUACAUAAACCUCUUAAAAACAAUGUUGAUUCGCUGAUUACAAAGCUCACAAAUUUAGAUAUUAAUGAAGAUUAUCAAAAAUUAAAAGAACAAAAUGAUAAACUUAAUAUGAAAAUUAAUAGAUAUCAUAAUAUUAUCCAAAAGACUUAUGAGUUUUUCAAUUCAGAUGGGAUAGAUAAACUAGAAUUUGCACAAUAUAAUUAG